ACCAAACACCACAUUGAAAGAGACUGAGAAAUCUGCUACAACCAUGACGUCUUCCCCCUUUCCGAUUACCGUUACCCUUAAGCACCACCGUCACCGUCGCCCUUCGCCGCCGAAACACUAUGUCUCAGCUAUCACACCAAACCAUUUCAUGAGUUUCCGCUCACCUUCCUCAUUUUCAAAUAAUCUCCACCCUUCAUUUCCCUUCUUCAAGCGCAAUUAUCGCUUCCACCGUUGCUGCGCCACUAAUUCGCCAUCCGAACCGCCGCCGGAGAAUCAGAUACCUCCAGGUGCAUCACCGAAGGAUACUCUGCAGAUUUUCUUUGCUGUGCUAUUCUGGAUGUCCCUUUUCUUCUGGUCUUGCGCAUGGGAUCGAGGGAAUAGUGGCAGAUCAGACAAGGGCCCUCGAUUUAGGAAAUAACUCCAUUAGGUUGUGUUGUGGAUAUACUUAUACAAGUUAGCAUAGAAUGGGGAUAUUGAGUGGUAGGACUAUGAGCAGUCAGAUUUGAGGUUACAGUAUAAUGAUAUUAUAGUAUAUUACGAAGCUGAGGUUAAAGAUCCACCAAAUUUAUUGUUUUUACCUUUGCUUGAACGUGAUCUUAAAUACUCCAUUUGUCUCUGGCAUUGCCAUUGUAUGCAUAUUUCAGAAAAUAACAGCAGCAUAAAUUGCCGUUAUUCUGUCA